ACAUUUGACUUAGAUCAAAUCUCAGGCAAAAUAACAUUGAAGACACGUCUUGACUAUGAGAAGCGAUCAUUUUAUCACUUAAAAAUAUUCUCUAGGGUAAGUAAAACAAUGGUUACACUUUUAAACAAAAAUGUUAAAAAUAAUUUUUUUAAAUAUUAUUUUCCUUCUCUAUUAUUAUUAGUAAUAAUCUCAUUUUUUUGGUAGUUUCAGUGUAGGGCUGUAAUAGUUAACUAAAAAAAAAAGGAAAUAGUGCUGAUAAACUAGACUCUGCAUUUAAAAUUCUCUUACUUGAUUAUUUUUAAUUAUUAUUGGAAAUGUGGAAUUAUCAUUUGAAGCUGAAACUUUUUUCAGCAUUUUGCAAAUUUGAGCCUAAAAUUCUCAAGGUUCUUCUUAUCAUAACAAGCUAAAAUUAAGUGAACUGCUAGGUAGGAUGGCACAGUUUCAAACUUAAGUGGAUCCUCAAUUUACUUUGUCUGAAAUAUAUGUAUCCAAGUUAAAAUAUUUGUUAUAAUUCUGGGUCAAGAUUUAAAGCUUUUAAUCCAAACAAGCAAAUCUUCUAAAAUUGCUUGACAUUUCAAAUAAAGUAAAAUAAAUGUUACUUGAUUUUAUGAAAGAUUUAGCCCUGAACAAGUUUGAUUCUGUCACUAUUUUCUUGUUUUGAUAUUUGUUAUUUAGGACGAAGGCUCCCCAUCUUGCCCAAGUCCUCAGUGUCUCUGUAAUGCUACAGAGGUGUGUAAAGCUGAACCUGUGGAUCUCUUCAUCACUAUACUUGAUGUAGAGGACACAGCUCCUGUCUUUGAAGGAUUACCAUAUAUUGAAACAGUCUCUGAAGAUAAGCCAGAAGUAAGUGAUUGAAAUGGAUUUGAGGCAACAACCUUGUAGGCUUGAUAAAGUAUAACUUAAUAUGGAAUAACCUGGAGCCUACAUAACAUCAUUAUUAAUUUUUUAAAUAAUGUUAACCUUACAUUCAAGGUGAAAUGUUUUACUCGUACCUUGUAAGUUUAAAAACUUUUUUCUGAUUUGAACAGCCAUUCACAAUUUUGUAAGUUUUUUCAAUAGAUUUAAAAAAUAUUUUUGCACACUUUAGAAAAAUGGUGGGGCAAUUAUUUGAAAGUUGGUGAAAUGGAAGGUUAAAUUCUAUAGGUCCAUUUAAAAUUACCAUUGUCAGAAAGGUUAGGAUUGGUCAGCCAACUUAAUUAAACCUAUGACAGUUAAUUGGAUGAACAUAAUUUAUAAAAAGGAAAUUGAAAUAAGACACGCACCAAGGGGGAAGCAAACAACUACAGAAGUUUGACCACAUUUUACAAAUGGUGGGGUUGGUGUGAUGUGCUAUAAAACCAGCAGGCUAAUAUUUCCAAAUUACUCCAAUAUUAUGAAAUGACUGAAGACGAUGCCUCAAAGCAAUGCAGACUGAGGGAACAUUCCCAAACUUCAAACAAAUUCAACCCGACUGCAGAAAUUGACUUAUCUCGUCUAUCUUACAGUGGAAAAUUUAAAAUGACACCAUGACUUGUCCUGCUGCUUGAGUUUCAAACAAUUCCAGAAAUUAUAAGUCAAAACAAUGAUGAUGAAAAAAAAAAAAGGAAAAUGUUUUAAAUUCUACUUUUUUUUUUACUUUUCAUUUUUUUCUGGACAUUUUUCAUGUUGUUUUAAAGUUUUUUAAGUAGAUUUUUUGUUCAGUUUUUGAUCUCGCAGGUUGGGAUGUAUGACUGUUUAGACACUCUGAUCAUCAGUUUUUAUUUUGUUUAUUUUUAUUUAUCUUUAGGGUCCAUCUCUUACAAAGAUUAACAAUAUUUUGGAAUGAUAUCAUGGCCAUGAGCCUUCCAGUAUUCAUAACUUUUGGAUUUCAACAAACAUUUCUUCUAGCUAUAAGUGUAUGCUAACUAAAUGAAAUCCCCUCAUAAAAAUAUAUAAACAAAGGGAUUACUAGCUAUACAACUUCCCCAAAGAAAGGAAAAUAAAUUGUUUUCUAAUUUUAAUUUUGCUGAUCUUUCAAGAUGUAAAAUAACUUUUAAAAAAACAAAUUGUUUGGUGGUAUGGAGAGGACAGCAAAGUAUUAAAAAGUAUUAUUAUUAAGUGUUACACGCAAAUUUGGACGCUAUCACCUGACUUCAGGGGCUCAUAAUUUACUCGGGUUAAACACCUGCCUAAAAUUAUCCAGGAUAUGAAGUAGCUGGCUAUUUAACCAUAACUGAAUGUUGAUUUCAAACCAGCUACAUCUUUGCUGUAAAACAUAGCUUUUACUUGUGUUAUUAUAUCUAAUUCCAAUCAAAUAAUGUUUUUGUCAUGAGUGUCCAUUUUUUCAAAUACCUUUUUCCUAACAUUUUGUUCCCAAAUUAAUUGAGUCCUACAAAUUUUGAUCCUCAGGGGUUUCCUAUUCUUAGAGUUAUUGCUUCUGAUGGUGACAGGGGAGUUGCUGUUCCUAAUAAUGUUUACUUUUCAAUCUCUGGUGGUAAGAGAUAAGUUAUCAAUUCUGUUUGGUUUUAUGAUAAAAAAUUUAUUUUAAUAUUUACUGUUUCGAUUUUAUCAACAUUCCAUUCAUGUCUGAACCAAUAUAAAACGUAUAUAACUGCUAGGUGAAAUAUUAUAUAACUUAUUGUCUCAAUAACCAAUUUUGAAUUUUGUUUAAUAUUGAUUGCAUUGAUCUUUGCUACAAAUUUAAUAACUUUGUUUCACAAUACAGGAGAUAUAGGUUUAUUUUCUAUCAAUUCAUUGAAUGGCACCAUAUCUGUUGGAAAAGCUCUUGAUGCUGAUACAGAUGAAGUGAGGAAUCGGGGAGGUUUUUAUUUAAUAAAUGUCACAGUAAGUAAACACCAUCAAAGUAAUAAGGCCAUGUUAUUCAAAUACAACACAUUUAAUAAUGUAGUACUAAUAUUCAUUUGCUAGUUAUUGAUAUUUUCAAAUUUCAUUACAUAAAAUAUACCAAAUAAAAAUCCUAUAAAAAUAAUUCUUUUUAUGCAUAAUAAUUUUUUUGCUGAUAAAAUUUUAACACUUUUUAUUUAAGCAUAAAAAUAAAUGAUUACUGUAACUCUUUAUUUACAGUAGUCUACCUAUAUAUUUUUUAUGUUAAAGUUAAUUUGCAAUGGAAGAACCAUAUUUUAAGUAUUUUAAAAAACGACUAUUUAGAGCUAAAAUUCAACCUUUCAUUUUGCAUUUGAAAAUUCACUUAUUUUACUAAAUUUCUGGUGUUGGGAAAUGUUUACUUGACAGGCCACAGAAGCACCUGUCAACAGUUCAGCAGUUCUGAAUCAAUCGACAAGUGUCAGCAUCACUCAAGUAUCAAUCACUAUUUUGGAUGUAGAUGACAAUCUUCCAACGUUCAAUCAGACGGAAUAUAAUGCUACAGUGCCUGAGAACACGCCAUUGGGUGUGCCCCUUUCAGUUACACCAAUUAUAUUUGUAGAGGAUAAAGAUCAGGUCUGUAGGCUCUAUAGCAAUGUUAUAUAUAUCUGAUAAUCUGAUAGUGAACUUGACUUUAAUUAUACACAUGACUUCAGAAUUAGUUGUGACUGUCCACUCAAUUGCACUUCACUGACAAGCAAUACCCAUGAUGAAUUAGAUGGGUUCAAUGAAAACAUUGCUUUAAUAAACAUUUUAUAUUUGAAUUUCCAUUGCUUACUCCUGUGUGAUUUAUCUGUCCAUCAGGGCAUAAACAGCAGGUUUAAUUUGUCAGUAACUAAAGACGGCUUGCCCUAUAAGGACUUUCUAACACUGCCAGCUGAGGGCCAGACUAUCCAAGGGAGAUCUAGCAUCACAAUUACAGUGGGGAACUCCUCUGUCUUGGACUUUGAAACAAGAACAAAUAUCACCUUUCAGGCAGAUGUUUUAGCUUUUUAAUUAUCAUUAUUUAAUUGUUUAAAAACAAAACAUUAAUUCCAUUUAUCUUUUCAACUACAAAAUAUAUGAAGUAAAAUAUUAUUUCAGAAAUCUUUCAAAAUGUUAAAAUACAGAUAUAACUGAAUGGUGGUACUUUCAUUAAAUUUUAAUGAAUAAAUUAUUUCCCUUUAAUUCCUUAGAUUGUAGCAACAUCUAUUGAUCAGGCUGGCAGAGCUAAAAAUUCUACUUCAGCCACUAUAUUCUUGAAAAUUGAUGACACCAAUGACAACAGCCCCACCUUCCCAACUCAGUCAAACAGUUUCAAUGUCUCAGAAAAUGCUACAGUUGGUGAUUUGAUUGCAACAAUCAAAGCUGAGGAUGUUGACACAAAAGACUAUGGUAAAGUGACCUACAGUCUGGAGGAGUCAGGGUUUGAUGGAGAAUUCCUGAUAAACAACACCACUGUAAGUUCCUGGACACUUUCAUUUAUUUGAUGGUGUAUCGACUUCCUGAGAAAAUUUUUUAUUUUUUCCAAACAGUAUGUUGAUUCCUAAUCAGUAAUUUAUGGCUCUUUACAAUUUGAAAACAAAUUAUUUUCAGUAAUCUAUCAUAAAAAUUUCAGUUCAGGGUUAGCCCACACUAAUGAAUCAAGCCAUAAUAUUAAGAUAUAUGCUUAAAGUAAUCCAUGAAACCAUCAUGACUUGUGAGAGAACAAAAAAUUUUAUGAAAAGUAUUUAAUGGAAUAAUGAGACUUGCCACCACGUCUCAUGUAAAGCACUGAAAGUUUCUUUCAACUUCUAUUUAUACACAAUACAACUUUAACAUUCACAAUAUUUAAUCAGAUCUGUUUACUCUUACAAUUUUAGGUGUAUACAUUGUAUAAACUGUAUGUUUAUUUUUAACUAUUAAGAAAAUGUAUUGAACGAUUUUGUGAUGAUAUUGUAUGAUUUUAAGAGUUUGAAAGUAAACAGGCCUGUUUAAUGUUUACUUAAUGAGUAGAGAAUUUAAAAAUUUUAAAAAUGUUUUACGUUUAGGGUGAACUGAGGGUUGCUAAAAGUCUUGACAGAGAACAGAGAUCUUCUUACAUGUUGGUUGUUGAUGCCACAGACAGCCCAUCUUUACCAGAGGAUCAGCGCAGACGGUCAAGAUUUAGUAUUGGGGUUCAUAUAAUGGAUGUCAAUGACAACAGUCCAGUAUGGGCACAGGUCAUUCCUUUCAUUACUGUGUUGGAGAGUACGGCAGUGAAUACAACCAUGACUGAAUUAUGGGCAACAGACAGUGAUGAGGGGCUGAAUGGGGAGGUAAUAUAUAUUCUUUGCUACAUUAAAUUAAGAUUUUGUUUGACUUUAUUUUUUUAAAAACAAAAAUAAAUAUCUCACAUUUGUACAGUUAUACAUAAAUGCAUUAACUCACAAAUCUACUUUCCUCCUAAACCAUUAAUCUAAUUAGUUAUCUUCUGUCCAUCAGAUAGUGUAUUCUAUAGCUCCAGGCACAAAUGGCUCUGACUUAUUCGCAGUAGGCCAGAACAACGGGAGAGGUUUUGUGAAUGUCCGGCAAACCCUCAUUGACCACUUUGGUCUGAGAUUGGUGAUUGUAACUGCAACAGACAAGGGAGUUCCAUCAAAGAACUCCAGCACAAACCUGUCUGUGUUUGUUGUUGAUGAGAAUCAACACAGGCCUGUCUUCACAAAGCCCAAUGAGAAAAAUUACGACAGCAUCGCUGGAAUAUUUCCUGACAUUGAAAUUCUAGAGGUAAGGCCAGAUAGAAAAUUGUGUUUUUUUUGGCUAUCUCCUUUUUAUAAGAUAAAGUUUUCAGUUUUUCAAAUACCAGUAUUCAUUAGUCAUGACAGCCUAAGUUUAAAGUGCACCAUUAUCCAUUAUCAUUUGUGUAAAGAGCAUCUUCACUCUUUAUACCCUUUUUGUAAAGUACAUAUUUAAACAUUACACCCAAUACAAGCAGUAUGUCAUCAAGUCAGGAAAUGACCGAUGCCUGUAAAUAAAUUUCAAAAAUCAAUUGUAUUCUUAAUUUUAAAAAAACAAACAAUUGAGUCCUGUAAAUAUGCCCCUAUUUUUCCUUUUUAUAAGAUAAAGUUUUCAGUUUUUCAAAUACCAGUAUUCAUUAGUCAUGACAGCCUAAUUUUGAAGUGCAUCAUUAACAAUUAUCCUUUGUGUAAACGGCAUCUUUCUUCUUUAUACCCUUUGCGUAAAGAACAUAUUUACUGAUAACGCCCAAUACAAACUGCAUGAUGCCAAGCCAGGAUAUGACCUCACCAAGUCAGGAUAUGACCUCAUCAAGUCAGGAUAUGACUUCACCAAGCCAGAAUAUGACCUCACCAAAUCAGGAUAUGACAUUUACCAGGUCAGGAUAUGAACUCAAAAAACAGGUUAUGACCUCACCAAGCCAAGAUAUGACCUCACCAAGCCAGGAUAUGACCUCAAAAAAUCAGGAUAUGACCUCACCAAAUCAGGAUAUGACCUCACCAAGUCAAGAUAUGACCUCACCAAGUCAGGGUAUGACAUCACCAAGCCAGAAUAUGACCUCAGCAAGCAAGGAUAUGACAUCACCAAGUCAGGAUAUGACCUAAAAAAAUCAGGAUCUGACCUCACCAAAUCAGGAUAUGACCUCACCAAGUCAGGAUAUGACCUCAUCAAGCCAUGAUAUGACCUAUUCAAAUCAGGAUAUGACCUCACCAAGCCAGGAUAUGACCACCGUCUGUGAUUAAAGUUAAUGGAUCAAAAUUCAGACAACUGUAUUCUUAAUAUCUUUUUUAACUGUUGAGUUCCACAAGUUUUUCAUUAAAAUUGUUUUUCUACUUUUACAGGAACAAAAUAUUGGCAGUAAUCUGUUUCAGUUUCAAGCACAAGAUGCUGACUCAGGAGAAAAUGGCAGAGUCAACUUCUUCCUUCUAGCCACUACCAACAAGGAUUACGAGUACUUCAAGAUAGACAGAGCCACGGGGAAUUUGACGUCAGUGGGCAGGCUUGAUCGUGAAGUCAAGGAUGUCUAUGAGGUUGUAGCCCUUGUAUUGUUGUGUGGCUGAAGAAAUAGUAAAAUAAGAUUAUUUAAAAUCACUGUGAUAUGAAUCAGUUGAUCUAGGGUGAAUAAUGUCAGAUAGAGCUCAUUGAAAUAAGCAGUAUUGGAUGGGAGAAAGUGGCUAUCAUUGUUCCAACUACACAAAAACAGGAAAGACUUCAUCUAGAAUGGAAAUCUAAUACAUUUGAUAAUUAAUAAUAUAAAAAGAGCACUUGCUUUCAAGAUCAUUUCCAUUCUUUAAAGGAUAAAUGAGGAGGGUGUUUAAAUACAAAAAUAGGAUUAUUUAAAGAAGACAAUUAAGGUAUAAUGUUUUGGAUCAAGACCUACCUGCCAGGGUUUCUUUCAGAUAUAUAUCGGGGGGGGGGGUGAGGUGGGUACAUUGCCCCCCCAGGGAAAGCCAAGUGGAGCAAAAAUAUGUCCAACAAUAAAUCAACUGGCACUGCUAACACUGCAAUCUGAAGUGACUCCCCCCCCCCCCCGGUGGAAAAUUUCUGAAAUAAUCAUUGCUCCCUGGAAGUAUUAUUAUGAAUUUAAAUGAAUGUGUUUUUAUUUUUUAACAAACUAAUAUUUUAACAAAAUAAUUGAAAAUCUCUUUUAUAAGAUUCAAGUUAAUGCUGAGGACAAUGGACAACCAGCUCCACUGUCCAAUACAAUGACGUUAAGGGUGAGACUAAAAGAUGUUGAUGAUAAUCUGCCCAUUUAUAAUGUCACAAUGCCACAAAAGAUGCAAGUUAAGGAGGAAGUAAGCCCCAUUAUUAUUGGACAAGUGACACCAGCAGGAGAUAAAGAUUUACCACCUUUCAAUACAACUUGUUAUUUUCUCUAUGGUAGGUUUGAAUUAGUCUCCUUGAAAUCUACUUCCUAUGUUUAAUUAUUCAAAUGGAAUAAACAAUUUAUAUUUCAAAUAAUAAGGAUUGGAAUUUUUGCAAUUAUUAUUUAAUAUUGUAUGGAUAUCUUUGAUUGUAAUUUAAAAUAUUAACUUUAAUCCUGAAUUAAAAUGUUUUAACUUAGUAAUUCAUUGUCUUUCAGCUUUAAUUCAGCCAAGAUGAUAAUAAUUUGUUACAGUUGAUUUUAAUAACUUAUAUAUACACAAAUUACCAAAGACAAAUGCUAACGUUUUUUUUUUAAUUUUUUUUUUUUAUUAACCAUUUUAACAAUUCAGGAGGAGACAACUUGACCAGUUUUCAGCUCAACAGCACCAGUGGGGAGCUGUCAUUAAGAGAUAAACUGGACAGGGAGACAACUCAGUUUCUCAAUCUUGUCAUCAAAGCAGCUCCGCCCACUACACCAUCAUCAGGUUGUCAGCAGACUGGCCUACCAGCCAAGAGUCAGGUGACCUCAUCGAAGGUCACAUCAGAUCUGACUCCCCCAACCCUCUACAACUCAUCUGACACAUCCUUGCUUUGGCUGCAGGUGGUUGUUGUUGACAUCAAUGACAACCCUCCCAAGUUUACCAGCCCUGACCUGCCUACUGCUGUCUUAAAUGAUGCUGACAUUGGCACAGAGGUCAUGACACUUACAGUAAGUUACAAUCUAUGCUGGUUUAUUUUUAUACUGCCGUUUGGGUAAGCCAGAGCUUAAUCUAAAGUAUUUUGAAAUGAAAUGAAAGUAAAAUUAAAAUAAAUAUCAAAUAAUUUAACAGAUGAUGUUUAUCAAGUUCUUAUGAUGUUAAACAAAUUCUAAGAAAUAAAAAGUAACUUUUUGUUUCAAGACAAUGGAAUUUUUCUUGUUCUAUAAUAAUUUUUAAAUCAUGGUUUAUCUUAAUUAAAUUAUUUUAACUUCAAAUUAAAAAAAAAAAAAAUUGGUGUAAUUACAUUUUGUUACACUUACAAGAUUAUGCAAUUUUUCCUGUUAUACAAUAAGCUUUAAAGUAUGGGUUAUCUAAUCCUAUUUUUGAUUUAAAUAAAAAAAUAAAUAACAAUAACUCUUUUAUCAUUAACUUUGAUCACAAAUUGAAAUUUAAGUUAUACAAUAAAUUAAGCUUUUUUUCCUAUAUUUGAGAGCCCAUGAUCAAUUUAUUUAUUAUUCUGGCUCUCUGGUUUGAAUUCAAAGUUUGCCUUCUCUUAAAAGUUAGAUGAGGGGCCUCCAAGGCUAAUGAGUGAGUGAGGCUUUGUGAGCUAGAAAAUAUUAUUUUGGUGUCUACCAUAAAAAGUAAGCCUUAAAAGACAUGAAAUUUACAAAUCAAUUGUGUCUAUUUACAAAAAAAUUAUGUCUAUUUACAAAACAAUUGUCUCAAUUUACAGAACAGUGUGACUGAUGCUGAUACCCCCAUAAAUAGCCAACAUAAGUUUGAUCUUCUGUCAGUCACUCCAAAGUUAAAGGAAGGCAGUGUGCUGGACACAGAUAAGACAGCAUUCAUAAUAACAGAAAAUGGAACCAUUCAAACAAAUAUCAGAUUUCGUUCUGAUCUUGAUGGUUCCUUUUUACUGAGCAUUAAAGUUUAUGAUAAAGAUGGUUUGAAUGACAUCACUGUAGUUGAAGUAAGUGAUUUCUUGGCAAAUAAAUUUACGAAAUCUAAAUUUAUAUAAUAGAUAUGUUUUAGUCUUACAUUAAUAAAUUUAGUCUUUAUAUUUGUCUUACACUUCACAAACCAAAAUAUAAGUUUAAAUAAAAUUUAACAAUUUCUAUACAUGAAAACAAAUUAUUUAUAUUUUGAAGAUAAAUUAAUUUUUUUUUAGUAAACUAAGGCUCAGUAGUUUUUUUGUUAGCUUCUAUUUCUUAUUUAUUUAAUGUAUUUUUAAGUGUUUUCAAGUUUUGAUUGUUUAUAGGUUAGGCUAUACUCCAUUGAAAAGAAUUUUGUAAAAAAAAGCAUCUAUAUAAUUGAAAGCCUUCAGGCUCUGGUUAGUUAAUUAUAAGAGUAAGAUUGGGCAAGCAUAAUUCAUACUUUUAAAACUGACAUUUAGAAUUUUAGGUUAAGGACCAUUUUUCUUAUUUCUAGUCAUUUUCACCCAUUUAAAUUCAAAAAAUUAUUUAAAAAAAUGAUAAUGUGUAGAGAAAAGAAUGUAUAGGUUUUUACAUAUUUGGUUUUGUUUAAAAGGGAAGUGGUAUACCUUGCCUAAAUGCCAUCUGUGGCAAACUUUUGGGAAUAUAUAACACACAUAUAUAUAGUUUUCAAAAAUACAUAAAUUCCAAAGAGCGGCCCAGGAGAUUCCCCCCAUUUGCACCACCUAGGUACACCACUGCACCUUGAAAUAAUACAAUGUAAAGAGUUUGAUCAGACUAAGCUUUAAUAAUUUAAUUGUUUUCAAUUCAAGCAUUAGUUUUUUAAAUUGACAAAUUUUUAUUGUUUUAUAAAAUUAGCAAUCUUUUGAUGCUUUUGUUUUACUCAUUAGGUAUACCUAAUCUCUAAUCCCCUAAGGAUGAUCCUUGUUUUUGACAAACAACCAAAUGAAGUGGAGACUGUAAAAAAUCAAUUAAUAAAGUUUGUAAUACAUUUUUUUUUUGCUUCCAAUUUAUGAAAAUUGAAAAUUUCUAAACCGGUAAUUAAUUAUUUCUUUUAGACUUUCUAACAGCAUUUUAAUUGUUUUUUCUAAAAAUUACAGAGACACUCAUUUGAAAAUAAAACAGCUAAGUACCAACAUUUGUGCUACAAACCUUGAAUUAUGUUCCUUUGUAAUAUAUUUUAUCACAAUUUUUGUUCAAGUACCAUUGAUUUUUUUUACAAAAUUAAAUCUUUAAUCGGGUUAGUAACACAAAAAUGUCUUUUAUUUAUAACUUUUAAGCUUUUCUUUAAAAGAUUAAAAAAUUAUCUUUUUUAAUUAAUUACAAAGGAUAUAUAAUUAAGCAUAUAUAAUAUGAAAAUAAUUAAAAAUAAGGCUAUGUAAAAUUUCCUGAACGUUUAAUAAUUAGGCUAUAGAUGCUAUAACUGUCAAAUUAAAAUUUCAUAGCAUAAGUAUCAGAUAGUCUAUACUAAUUUAUCCAUAUCAUCACCACACAUGUAUCAUGAAAGUCUUAGUUUUAAUGUCUAUAUUAUUAUGGCAAAUCAUCAUAGCCUAUAUCAAUGACUGUCUUAUAUGACUAAUAUCAUUCAUAGCCUAUAUCAAUGAAUGUCUUAUAUCACCAAUAUCAUUCACAGCCAACAUAAUCAUGUUUAUGCAAUAAUUUCAUUAGUUCUCUUCCUGACAGGGAACUCUCAGACAUAGUAAACCUUGAUCUGGUCAUUGACAGAGUGGUCACUCACUCACUUCCCGAUGGCACCAGGGAUCCUAAAAAGUAAGUGAAAGUUAUUGUGAAUAAGGUAUGAGAAAACUAGUUCAAGGCAAAACAUGCCAGAGAUGCAAUAUGAUUAUAGAAUAUUAAAAUUAAUGGUCAUAGAAAUGGGAGGCGAAGAAAACCAUAGAAAGGCUUUGAGGGUUAUGUCUAAAGGGAACUGGGUAAGUUGGACAUUAUCCUUCACCAGAUUAAAUUAAUCAGCAGGCAGAGACAAAAGUGUUUGUGUGUGUGUGUGUGUGUGUGUGUAGGGGGGACUCAAUUGCUUACAAAUUAUGGGAUGAACUAAGACUAACAAUAUGGCAUCUAACUUAAAUAAUUGAAUAGUUCUAAACCAGUCUACAUUAUAUUUCUUUGGUCUCUUACAACAUCUCUGUCUUGCACACUCAAAUGCUCCUUUGAUCUGUGAUCAUGGUCUAUAUCAACAUCAGAUCACUGGACAUGUUAGACUGGGAAUUUAUCAAUGCCUGAAGAUUUAUAUGAGUGGAAAGAAGUUAGAAAUGUUAAUACACCUCGUUAUGCUCAAAUCUUUACAUAUAGCCUACAAUCUUUGAAGGGGAGUAAAAUGAUAUGGUAAUGCUAGUCAUAAGAAGAUAAUUAAUAAUUAUUUUAUUGAUCAGCAUGGAAUAAAUCAAAAUAAUCUCUGCUCAGAUGAAAGGUGCAAAAUAAUAAACUUUUUUACAUGCCAGGAACCAAGCCCUAAAUAAAAAAAAUUAUUUUGUUAAAUGUGAAUAAUCUCAAUGUGAAUAUUACAGAACAGAUGCAUACAUCCAUGGACGCGAGAAAGUAACUGGAACUAUAAUUCCUGCAGGAGAACUAUGGAGGUCAGUUUCUGCUUGAAUAAGUAUAAUAAGGCUAUAAUAAGAUUAGGCUAUAAUAAGAUAUGGUUAUAAUAAGCUAAGGCUAUAAUAAGAUAAGGCUAUAAUAAGAUAAGGCUAUAAUAAGCUAAGGCUAUAAUAAGCUAAGGCUAUAAUAAGAUAAGGCUAUAAAAAGAUAAGGCUAUAAUAAGAUAAGGCUAUAAUAAGCUAAGGCUAUAAUAAGAUAAGGCUAUAAAAAGAUAAGGCUAUAAUAAGAUAAGGCUAUAAUAAGAUAAGGCUAUAAUAAGAUAAGGCCAUAAUAAGAUAAGGUUAUAAUAAGAUAAUGCUAUAAUAAGAUAAGGCUAUAAUAAGAUAAGACUAUAAUAAGAUAAGGCUAUAAUAAGAUAAGGCUAUAAUAAGCUAAGGCUAUAAUAAGAUAUGGCUAUAAUAAGAUAAGGUUAUAAUAAGAUAAGGCUAUAAUAAGAUAAGGCUACAAUAAGCUAAGGCUAUAAUAAGAUAAGGCUAUAAUAAGAUAUGGUUAUAAUAAGAUAUGGUUAUAAUAGGAUAAGGCUAUAAUAAGCUAAGGCUAUAAUAAGAUAAGGCUAUAAUAAGAUAUGGUUAUAAUACGAUAAGGCUAUAAUAAGAUGAAGCUAGUAAAAAUGAGAGCAAUGUUAUCUGAAGUUGCCUUUCUAAAUCAACCAUGAUUUGAAAUGAAAUAAAAUAUUUGUUUUGCCUAGUGUGACUUGAGAUAAGAUUCUUUAUUGAUCCAAAGAAAUGGAAAUAUUUUUUAAAAUUACUUUGUACAUAUUCACUUUCAGCAAAGAAAUAAAUACAUAGUGUAACCAAGAUAACAUUUUACAUUUAUAACAGUUGAAACACAAGACAUCUAAAGUAUUUCUUUAGCAUGUAAAUCAACCAUCAAUGAACUCCCUUAGUGGCAACAAUGACUUAGUUGAUAACCACUGGGGGAGCACACUGAUAUAUUCGUACAGACUUGAGAGCAAAUUAAUUUUUAUAUCUCCCGGUCCUAAUUUUACUCAUCACUAACAUAUAUACUUAAAAGUAAUGAAUCAGAUUUAAUUUUUACAUCUUUUAUCUUAAACAUUUCAUGAGCAAAUUAAAUUAUCUCAAUGAAAUUACUUUUACUGCUCAAUAUGUUAUCUGUUGUCUAAAGCCUUAAAUUUUUCAAUUCUUUCUGGACAGUCGUUUUAAUUAUGAUCAGACAGCGCGAACUCUCUUGGCUACAUAUGGAGUCAUAGAACUUCAGGUAAAAGUUUAUUUCUAUGCAAUAUGGAAUGAAUAAAUACUCAAAUUUGUUUAGCUUCAUGGAAUGAUCAAGGUUUUGGUUAUGUCAAAUUAAAUAUGUAACGAGAAUUAUUUUUCCUUUAAUGCAUCACCUAUUUUGAACUGAUAAUAUAAAAUAUGACCUUAUCCUUGAAUCAGUGGUUGAAUUGAUAAAAUAUUUUUGACUUGCCAUAUUUUGUGAAUAAUAAUGCUUUUUUGAAUUCAUGCUAUAACUCCAUAGAAGAAUAAUUCACCUUAUUGAAUAAGAAGGCUAUCAUUUAUUGCAAAAUAAUUUUUCUUGUUUUCUCCUUUCUUUAAUAUGGGAAAAAUAUAUACUGUUAACAAUAAAUUGGUUAAAGGCUAUGAUUGACAUGGUAACUAAAAGAUUUAUUAAAUUGCUGCAGAGUAUCAAAGCGCAAGUGGAAGACAACUCAGAGGAAAAUCUCAAAAGAGCAUUUGCCAUUGUGGGUGCUAUACUAGCAGUUAUAGUGGUAGCAUUAUGCCUGGUGCUUGUUCAUAUAGUGAGAUUGUAAGUUUUGAAAGUAUUUGAAUAGGACUAUCUUCGAAUAUAUUGUGUAUAUUUUUUUAAAACUUUUUAUGUUAGUAUUAUAGAACAGCCUUUUGGAUAAAAAAAAAAAAUAGCAUCCAUAUAACAAAAAUCCUACCUGCUUAAAGAGUGUCUUUAAAUAAGUAUUGUUGUAUAAUGGAAUGUUAUUGAUUUGAGUUAAUAAAGAAUGCACAUUAAAGUUUUUCUAAUUAUAUUACAUCAGGUAUCGUCACCGUUUACUGGCAGCAACUACAAUGGCAUAUGGUGAGUAAUGGAGCUUUAAAAGGAGUGUAAUCUUCAUGAACAACAUUUUUUAAAUUAACAAUUUAUCUAGCAUCAGUUUUACUGAGUGGAUCUAUAUUUUGAUCAAACUAUACACUAUGUAAAUGCUUAUCACACUAGUCACUAUACAUUUUGUUAAUUUUCCAUUUACAAUUAAUCAACUCUGUAUGAUAUACGUCAGGAGAAGUGCACUGUUCCAUGUAAUUUACCAAGAUGGCCAGGUUCCUCAACCUAAGCAUGUAAUCUGAUUCAUAGAAAAAAUUGUUUGUUUUAGACUUAAUUUUCUGGGUAAUCUGUAUUGCGAUAACCCCCACAGGGUUUAGGCUUAGAGCCUUUGAAAUACACAUGUAUCAGGAUGUUCCAUUGAAUUUUUUGUUUGAGAAUAUCUUUUAUUUAGCCAGUACACUGGACUUCAUUAUAUGAGCUGUUAAUUACUAUUUUAGGAUACACAUUUUUUUCAUCUUAAAGUUAAUCUUUAAAUGCCUGGGCUCUGAGAAUGAUGCACCAAUUUUAAUAAAUAUUAUUUCUUUAAUCUAGCAUCACCCAAGGAGCAGGAAAUGUAUGAGCACCCAGGAACUAAUAAAUAUUUUGCAGCGUAA